AUGAGUUUCUCCAGGGACUCUGCCUUCAUGAUGGUGAACACGUCGGGGCGUUUUGGGGGCCAGAAGGCGCUGCUGCUGUCUCCGCAGCUGAAGGAGAACGACACCCACUGCGUGCUCUUCCAGUACUACGUGGCGGGCCGUGAGGGCAGCGGCCCCGCCCACCUCAACGUCUACGUCAAGGAGAACAGCGGCCCGCUGGGCACACCUGUGUGGAACACCUCUGGACCCCCCGCACGCACCUGGACACAGGUGGAGCUGGCCAUCAGCAUCUACUGGCCCAACUUCUACCAGAGCUCUGGGAGCAGCAGGAGCUGGCCUGAGGUGGACCCAUGGUGGCCGUCUGAAGGCUGUGGAGGCCCACUCAAGGACAAGAACCGCUGA